CCGAGGCAGAUGUAAACACGCUCUCAGCAUGGCGUGCUUCGGCGACGAUCUCUUUGACUUCGUAGACGAGGAUAAUGAGAACCAGAAUGAAAACUUGCCUGAAAUUGGCGAGGGGAAUGAGGCUGAGAAUGAGAAGGCAGCACAAGAACUUAAUCAGCUGUUGGGGAAGAAACGUUCAUCAGAAGAUGCCGAUAAACAGGUGAUAAAGAAAGCCAGAGCAGUUGCUGAUGCAUCUGAGACACAAAUGAAGUUAACAGAAGAUAUGCCCAGAAUAGCAGUUCACAUCAUUGAGACAGUAGAGGCAUGUACUCAUGAAGUAGCAGUACCCCCUGGUGAGACCUACAUUCCACUCCAGCCACCAAGCGAAAAGCCAGCAAAGGUGUACCCAUUUAUACUAGAUCCAUUCCAGAAAGAAGCUAUACUUUGCAUUGACAACAAUCAGUCAGUGUUAGUUUCUGCCCACACAUCUGCUGGUAAGACUGUGGUAGCAGAAUAUGCAAUAGCCAUGUGCUUGCAUAACAAACAGAGAGUCAUCUAUACAACCCCAAUCAAGGCCCUGAGUAACCAGAAGUACCGUGACUUCAGCGAUGAGUUCACAGAUGUCGGCCUUCUGACAGGAGAUGUGACCAUCAACCCAAAUGCUUCCUGCCUCAUUAUGACCACCGAGAUUCUGCGUUCCAUGCUUUAUAGAGGUUCAGAGGUGACGAGAGAGGUGGGCUGGGUCAUAUUUGAUGAGAUCCAUUACAUGAGAGACAAGGAAAGAGGAUAUGUUUGGGAAGAGACACUCAUUCUUCUGCCAUCCACAGUGCAUUUUGUAUUUUUGUCUGCAACCAUCCCCAAUGCCAGUCAGUUUGCCCAGUGGAUUUGUUACCUUCACCACCAGCCUUGCCAUGUGGUGUACACUGACUACAGACCAACACCACUUCAACAUUACAUCUUUCCAGCCGGAGGAGAGGGUAUCUACUUGGCUGUGGAUGAGUUGGGCAAGUUUAGGGAAGACAACUUUAACACAGCUAUGGCCAUCCUGCAAGAUGCACCAGAACAGCCGGAAUCCGGGUCCAAGGGGAAAGGAGCUGCAGCCAAGGGGAGUUCUGAUUGCUUCAAGAUCGUCAAGAUGAUCAUGGAGAGAAACUUUGCACCUGUCAUCAUCUUCAGCUUCUCCAAGAAGGAGUGUGAGGCUUACGCACUGCAGAUGUCAAAGCUGGACUUCAACAUUGCUGACGAGAAGCAGCUGGUGAAUGAGGUGUUCCAGAACGCCAUUGCUCUCCUCUCGGAAGAAGACCGUGAGCUCCCGCAGGUGGUGUCAGUGUUGCCGCUACUCAAGAGAGGCAUUGGUAUCCAUCAUGGAGGUCUGCUGCCUAUCAUCAAGGAGACAAUUGAGAUCUUGUUCGGAGAAGGUUUGAUCAAGUGUUUAUUUGCAACCGAGACCUUCGCCAUGGGACUUAACAUGCCUGCCAGGACCGUCCUGUUCACCUCCAUUCGCAAGUUUGAUGGCAGAGAUUUCAGAUGGCUGACUUCAGGAGAAUACAUCCAGAUGUCAGGUCGAGCUGGUAGAAGAGGAAAGGAUGACAAAGGUAUUGUCAUCAUGAUGGUAGAUGAGAAACUGAACACGGCCGUUGUCAAGAAUCUAGUGCAGGGAAAAGCAGACCCCAUCAACUCUGCUUUCCAUCUGACAUACAACAUGGUACUGAACCUGCUGCGUGUGGAACAGAUCAACCCAGAGUACAUCCUGGAGAGAUCUUUCUUCCAGUUCCAGAAUUAUUCCUCCAUUCCAUCGCUUUGUGACCGUGUGAGCGAGGGAGAAGACGAGCUUGCUUCUAUGGUCAUAGAGAGGGAGUCGGAGGUGGAGAGUUACUACAAGCUGCAGCAGACCAUUGAGAACCUCUUGAAGGAAAGACACAGCUUCAUAACCAGAUACACAUACAUCUUACCUUUCCUGCAGCCCGGGAGACUUGUCAGAGUUAAAAACAAUGACGAUGACUUUGGUUGGGGUGUUGUGUUGAGUUACAAGAAGCAAGAAAACAAGAAAGAUCCUUUAAAACCACCUUCAGUAACAGUGGACAUCAUUUUACGAGUGUCUGAGGAAUCGGCAGCAAAAAAGGUGACUUCAGAUCUUAAGCCUCCCAAACCAGGGGAAAAGAGUGAACCAGUGGUCAUGACAGUGAUGGUGAAAGUCAUCCAAGAUUUAUCAGCUGUAAGACUGAAGCUUCCAAGUGACUUAAAGCCCUUGGAUCAGCGCAUCAUGGUCGUGAAGAUGGUGGAUGAGGCAUUGAGGCGUGUCCCGGAGAACCAGUUCCUGCUUGACCCAGUGAAGAACAUGAAAAUUAAGGAUGAGGCCUUCCUAGAGGUCAUGUCCAAGCUGGAGAAGUUCAAAGCCAGAUUGAAUUCCCACAAACUACACACUGAUCCUGCGCGAGACAGAUUAUGCGAGGCAUUCGCGAAAAAGAUGGAGGAGAUCUUUUCCAUCACCCUGGCCUUCAGCCACAAUGCUCACAACGGCAGGUUCGCAUCACCCUGCCUACAGCCAGAUAUUCCUGUUCACAUCACCCGCCCCUCGAUCCAGAUUUUUUCAUGUGAUGGUCAUGUCACCCAGAUCCAAGGGGUUAAUACUGCUCAGACCUGUGCAUUACUAAGUACAUUUGUGUGUGAUGAGAAGAGUUCACAACUUCCGAAGUUGGGUGAAGAAUUGUCAGGACCACUAAGACAGAUGCAGGACAUUGCUCGUCGCAUUGCCAGAGUCAGCCACGAAUCUGCUCAGACCUGUGCAUUACUAAGUACAUUUGUGUGUGAUGAGAAGAGUUCACAACUUCCGAAGUUGGGUGAAGAAUUGUCAGGACCACUAAGACAGAUGCAGGACAUUGCUCGUCGCAUUGCCAGAGUCAGCCACGAAUGUAAAUUAGAGAUUGAUGAGGAAAAUUAUGUAGAGCAGUUCAGACCAUUUUUGAUGGACAUUGUAUAUGACUGGUGCAAUGGUGCAUCAUUCAUGGAACUGUGCAAAAAGACAGAAAUCUUUGAAGGAAGCAUAAUUCGAGCCAUGCGCCGUCUUGAGGAGCUGCUCAGACAGAUGAUUCAGGCCUCAAAAGCCAUAGGAAUCGACCUUGAAAAUAAAUUCUCUGAGGGAGUAAAACUUUUGAAGAGAGAUAUUGUGUUUGCUGCAAGUCUUUACUUGUAACUUAAGAAUAUUUGCAAUGUAAUGUUAAUGUUAAUGUUAUCAAGGUUACAUUGUUAGGGAAGUGCUUGUUCACAACAGAUUUAAGUAACAUAUUUUAAAUGUGAGUAAUAAAACCUUUAGUGUGUGGAAAUGUACAUUUUUUAUGAGAUGUAGAGCUGAAGAGAAUGAUCACUUUUGUAUUCUUCAAUCCCUCUUUCACUCUCUUGCUCUAAGAAAAAAAAAAAAAAAAUUGACAAAUAUAGCCUUUGGCACAGUAGUGAAUGAGAGGACUUGUUUAGGCUAAUAAACAUUUGGAUAAAUAAGCUUAGUAAAUACUUCUUAUUGUAUUAUUUUUUGUAAUACAUCUGGCACAGGAAAAAUAUAUUAUAUUCAUUUUAUUCAGUCUUUUAAAUUUUGCAUGAAGUAAGGACAAUUCUUCUAUGCAUUAAGGUUUGAAUGAUAUAUGGUCUGUAAUCCAGUAAUAAAUUUACACUAAUAUAUUUAAGACAAAAUUGAUUGUUUAUGUUUGUUUUUAAUAUAUUGCAUUAAAGCUGAGCUGAGAAAAUUGUAUACUGUCCCAAAGUCAUAUUUGUUUGUAUUUCCACCAAAGACAUUGAUUCCAGAAAAAGAAUAGCCAGUGAAUAUUCUCUUAUGAUGAAUGUGCAAAGUAAGAGAGACAGUUAGUGUUGAUAAAAUGGAAAUAAGAUUUUUUUUUAAAACAAA